UUACUUGAAAAAGGGGCAAAGUUACAAAAACCACAAAGAAGCCGAGACGCCUGGAGACACACCUGACAGCAAUGACAAGGAGAGCCAGCGAAUGGAACGCAAAUUAAGCAUUGACGAUUUUACCUUCAUCAGUGUCCUAGGGAAAGGCAGCUUUGGGAAGGUAAUGCUGGCAGAGUUCAAAAGCACAGAAGAUGUGUACGCUGUGAAAAUACUGAAGAAAGACAUGAUCCUCCAGGAUGAUGAUGUGGAGUGCACGAUGAUCGAGAAACGGAUCCUGUCGCUGGCCAAAAACCAUCCAUACCUCACACAGAUCUUCUGCUGUUUCCAAACUCCGGACCGGCUAUUUUUUGUGAUGGAGUAUGUAAACGGGGGAGACUUAAUGUUCCAGAUUCAACAAGUACGGAAAUUCGAUGAAAUACGCGCCCAGUUCUACGCUGCCGAAAUUACCUCAGCACUCAUUUUUCUGCACAAUAAGAAAGUUAUAUACAGAGAUUUGAAACUGGAUAAUGUCCUGUUAGAUUCGGAGGGUCACUGUAAGCUGGCUGAUUUUGGAAUGUGCAAGGAGGGAAUCUAUAGUAAUUACACAACUUGUACCUUCUGCGGCACACCUGACUACAUUGCACCAGAGAUUUUACAGGAGUUGCAGUACGGCUCAUCUGUGGACUGGUGGGCACUCGGGGUCCUGCUCUAUGAGAUGAUGUCUGGUCAGCCCCCAUUUGAAGCUGAAAAUGAAGACGAUCUGUUUGAAUCUAUCCUGAAUGACGAGGUCCUUUACCCAGUCUGGCUGAGUGAACGAGCAAUGGCCAUCCUGAAAGCAUUCAUGAUAAAAAAUCCAAGCAAGCGGCUGGGAUGUGUCGCAGCACAAGGUGGGGAGCAGGCGAUUUUGGACCAUCCCUUCUUUGAAGGAAUCGAUUGGGAACUGCUUGAACAACGAAAAGUCAAGCCGCCUUUCAAACCCAGGAUUAAAACAAACAGGGAUGUAAACAACUUUGAUCGAGACUUCACUGCAGAGAAGCCUGUACUGACACCAAUUGAUGAGGCUCUUGUCCGAAUGAUCAAUCAAGAUGAAUUCAAAGGAUUUUCUUUUGUUGCUGAAGAUGCAUGUGCAUGAAAUAUGAAUUCAUCAGUCAGGGGACAGUUCUAGAGACCUGACAAGGACCAGCAUCGCAAAACCCACCACAAGCAAAUGGAUUGGUGGGACAGGAAGUUUAUACAGACAGUAUCAAUUAUUGAAAUGAGAACUGGCAUGCUGUUUAGAUUAUUUUUUUGUUUGUGCAACUUUGUGAAACCGAGUGGCUUUUGACUCAUUGUCCAUUAUCUUUCUACCAACCAGUCUUUUGAAUAACAGAACUGAGGGUCAUCAUGAAGCAAUCAUUUACAAAUAAGUAUUGUUACAAUGGAUCAUUAAUUUAUGCAUCCUUCAUUUGCACUUAGCUGUUUAGGUAUUUAAUUAGCUGUAUACCUAUCAACAGAAUCUGACAUUUGUUAAUAGUAAGCAGUUCUAGACUCCAUAAAAUACAUUUGGUUCUUUGUCACAUAUGUCCUUAUGACAUAGAAGGAUAUCUUCAGGGAUCGCCAUGUUCAUUUACUGGGAUCAUGCAUGGGUGGGGAGGUACAUCCUGCAGACUAUUUUGUAUUGUACUCUGCUGACUGCUUGAAGUAGACAUCAUAAGAUUUUGAUGCACUGUGGAGGAAUUUAUCUGUGGAAUGAAGAGUAUGAACUUUUUUGUGUAUAUAGGUUGUAGCUGUUGGCAAAUAAAUGUUAAAAGG